ACGCUCAUGGGAAGCUACAUGUAUUGACCAUCCUGCGGGCGCUCUCCCAAGGCUCUUCUGAUUCUUCAAGUCCUCUUUCUCAUCAACGUUUCAUUGACGCUUUGAUAUCACACUUCCAAGGCUCGCACAUACAAGCGGGUUCAAAGAUGGCAAAUCCUCAACAGUACACCAUUGGGUGGAUUUGCGCCAUCACCACUGAGUUCGUCGCCGCCCAGGCGUUCCUCGACGAGAAACAUGAGCCUCCCCAGAUGCUUGCUCGCAACGACAACAACACCUAUGCUCUAGGACGAAUAGGGAAGCACAAUGUGGUCAUGCCUACACUGCCAAAGUCCUCUUAUGGAGCCACUUCGGCUGCGGCGGUGGCACGGGACAUGGUGCACAGCUUCCCGAAUAUCCGCGCACCCAGUCAAAAACAUGAUAUUCGACUCGGCGAUGUCGUGGUUGGCUGUCCUGGUGAUGGAGAGGGCGGCAUCGUUCAAUACGAUUACGGCAAAACAAUCCAGGAUCAAAAUUUCACGGAGACAGGUCAUCUAAAUCAGCCGCCUCAGUCACUGUUAACAGCUGUGGGGGCCCUCGAGGCUGCUUUUGCUUUAAGUGGUCAUCAUAUCAACGAGGAUAUCGAAGACGCGUUUCAACGACGAAUACGAAUUCGAAAAACUCACUCGUUGCCAAACUCUUUUGCAGACAGGCUCUAUCACUGCAGCACCUCUCAUGUUGUUCCCAGACACGAACGUGCAGACGAUGAAGACAAUCCUGCCAUCCACUAUGGCAUAAUUGCUUCAGCGAAUCAGCUAAUGAAGGAUGCUGUGAAGCGAGAUAAGCUGUCUUCGGAGAGGAAUGUGCUCUGUUUUGAGAUGGAAGCAGCUGGUUUGAUGAACCAUUUCCCUUGUCUGGUGAUCCGUGGAAUUUCCGACUACGCGGAUACGCACAAAAACAAGGCCUGGCAAGGAUUUGCGGCUAUGACAGCCGCAGCAUACGCCAAAGACCUGCUCGGGCAACUCAUCCCAAGCAGGGUUGAGACUAAGGUACUGGUUGCAAAGGUUUUGAGCCUUGACGAGUCUAAAGCCGACAUCAAGGCUAUGGUGUCUGAUCAACAGAUCAAGAAAAUCCGGAAGUGGCUCAAUCCUCCCGAUACAUCGGUUAAUGUCAACAAAGCAAAAGAUCUUCGGCAUCAAGGCACAGGGCGGUGGAUCUUCAAAACUCAAGCUCUUCAAGAAUGGAACGCCGGAUCACGACAACACUUAUGGCUACCUGGUCUAGCAGGAUGCGGCAAAACAGUUCUCAGUACUACCAUACUCGAUUAUCUUUUGUCUCAAGCCGAUGGAGUUGUCUUGCAAUUCUAUUUCGAUUUCAGUGACGGCGGGAAGCAGACGUCGAGCCAGAUGCUCCGCGGACUUGUCUACCAGCUUUACGAUAUUGCGAGCCGUUACACAUCACACAAACGUGGUGCCGAUCAACCGAGAUCCAGCGACUUGUCGGAUUGCUUCUUAGCUAUGUUAGAGAAGUAUCCCCCAAAGGUCUUCAUUCUGAUUGAUGCUCUAGAUGAAUGUACCGAGAGGAAGGAAAUCCUAGCAUGGAUGAGAGACUUCGGAUCUUUUCCUGGUCUUGCGCACAUAAAGCUUCUUGUCACUGGCCGGUGUGAAGUGGAGUUUCAACAGCAAUUUCCUCUAGUGGUUGGGCCAGAUAACUGCAUGUCAUUGCAUCUGGAAUCCGUCGAUGCCGACAUUCGAUCAUAUGUCGACGCCCAGUUACGGGUCAGGGUAGGAUUUAAGAGAUGGGCCUCUGCCCCCGAAGUCCUUCAAACGAUUAGCGGGAAGGUCGGAGAUAAAGCAGACGGCAUGUUCAGAUGGGCGGCGUGCCAGCUGGACGCACUGGAAGAGUGUCUUAACCUUGAAGAAAUCGAGAGAGCCUUGGAGUCCCUUCCGAGAGAUUUGAACGACACGUACGGCCGGAUUCUCGAAAGCAUUCCAAAAAUCCGAAAGGAUAAAUCCAUACUUCUUCUACAGUUUCUCCUUCAUUCCAAAGACCCUCUCACUUUGGGAAAGACAGUGGAUUUGCUUGCUAUUCGGGGGCGAGAAUUCAAUCCAAAGUACAGGGUGCCAGACCCAACGGAGAUCCCUCUAUUUUGUCCCAGUCUCGGAGAUCAGGUAUUGGUUCAUUGUCAUUGGAUGGAAUUUAACCCGCUCAAUGCGAGCAUCCACCUGACGCACAAGCUUUUAGCGGUUCUUAUGGGGUAUUCGGAGAUUCCGUUCCACAGAGCUACCUCUAAGAUUAAUCUUGUCGGUCCAGCGGCAGGUUGGACGACAUACGCCCAACGGGCUGAAGCUGCAGACGAUAUCGCACAGGCAGCGGCCAACUUCCUUCAAAAUGAAGACUAUCGUCGGUUUUGGAUAUCUCAAACCCUUGCAACCGUUUUUAGGCUUGAAGUUAGAACCAACUUCUACAUAACCUCAGGCAAAGGCUUCUGUUGGUAUUCCUUUCACAGGGAAGUUGGUUCGAACCGUAGGGUCCUAGGGGUGACGAAGUAUCAAUAUAUCUGUAUUGAUUGA